UGAACUACUUUAAGACAAUCAUUUUGAAUUCUUCUUUAGGCAGUUAUGGGCUUCCACUGGUAUAGUUUCAGUUAUUGAUUGGUGUUUUAUUUUGUUCCUUUGCUGGUGUUAUUUUCCCUGAUUACCAUCCUUAUGGCUUUGUACUGUGUCUGGACAUUUGAGAAAUUAAGCACUUUCUUCAAACUUUAAAGACUGGCUCCAUCAUGGAAAGCCACUGAUCAGCCCAUCCAAAGAUUCUGAGUGGGCCAUUUGGUGGGGGCUAGGGGAAGGGUAGGAAUGAGAGUCCUUGGGCAGACUGGCCUGGCCCAAAAGCCCACGAGUGUGGGCCUGGUGACUGUCUCAAUAGGGUUAUGCCUGGAGCCUUGGUUCAUUGAGGCUUCUAGUAUCGUGUGUGAGAGGACUGACAUGAAACCUGAGUUCUAGAUUGUUGACUUGGUAUGAGGAUGGAGCAUAAGCUUGACUCUACAGGGACCAGCCUAAGCCUGGGACUACAGAGGUUUGUAGGCACACUGUGGUAAGCCUGGAGACUGGGUUUUCAAGUUCCAGGCUGGAAUCUGGAGUUGCAGUGGCUAACCUGCUGCUAGAACUUACUAGGGCAAGCCUGAUCCUGUUUUUUUGACAUACAUACUUACAUACAUAUAUCUCCUUCCUUAAUGCAGAGGGAAUCUGCAUGCUUUGCUGCCCAGACUUGGGAGCAAGCCGAGGUGGAGGAUGUGAAGCUAUCUUUCCUAUGAUUAUAAAUGCAUCUUUUCUUAUUUCUGUGCUUGAACCCAGUGCUUUAGCCUCUCACUUGGAUUCCUUAACUCUUGGGAAGAUAAUUUUGUUUGGAAAGUUUUUCACAUUGAUAUUUCUGCAAGGGGAUAAAUGUUGGAAUUCUUAUUCUGGCAUCUUGUUGAAAUCACUCCCUGAAACAGUUAAUAUAUUAAACAAAUGAACACAGGAGUAAGAUGUUCAUGGAAUGUAUUGACAGGACAAAAAGCUGAAACUGCUGGCAGAAACCCAAAGUCAAUAUUAGAGCCAAGCAAAUAUUGUCUGCAGUGCCACAGGGACAGCUUGAAGACUGCUCAUUUUUAAGUGGCAAGAGAUUCCCUCACCUGCAGAACCAUAGACGCAAUUGUGUUUUCAGGAUGUUUACCUUCAAGAAAGCAGCUUACUUCAUCUGUUUGUUUGGCACAGUUUCUUGUGGAUGUCUGACUCAAUGGUACAAAAAUACCUUCUUCAGAGGGGGAGAUGUAAGUGCCAUGUACACCCCAGAUGCCCAGUACUGUCAGAUAAUGUGCACAUUCCAUCCCAGGUGCUUGUUCUUCAGUUUUCUUCCAGAAAGUUCAACUAAUGAGCUAACGAGAAGGUUUGGUUGUUUCCUGAAAGACAGUGUUACAGGAACUCUACCAAGAGUGCAUCGGACAAAUGCAAUUUCUGGACAUUCUUUAAAGCAAUGUGGCCAUCUAAUAAGUGCUUGCCACAGAGAUAUUUAUGAAGGAAUUGAUAUGAGAGGAGCCAAUUUUAAUGUAUCUAAGGUCAAAAGUGUUGAAGAAUGUCAAACACUGUGCACCAAUAAUAUUCAUUGCCAGUUUUUCACUUUUGCCACACAAACAUUUCACAAUGCAGAGUACCGGAACUGCUGCCUAUUAAAACACAGUCCAAGUGGAACACCUACUGGUAUAAAGACACUGAAUAACGUGGUAUCUGGAUUCUCACUGAAGCCCUGUGCACUUUCAGAAUUUGGUUGUCGCAUGGACCUUUUCCAGCAUCUUGCCUUUGCAGACAUGAAUGUGGCCAGAGUAAUCACCCCAGAUGCUUUUGUGUGUCGAACUAUCUGCACCUAUCAUCCCAGCUGCCUCUUCUUUACAUUCUAUACAAAUGCAUGGACCACAGAAUCCCAAAGAAAUGCUUGCUUCCUAAAGACUUCUAAAAGUGGGACACCAAGUUCCUUUACUCCUCAGGAAAACACAAUAUCUGGACAUAGCCUUUCAACCUGCAAAACAACUUUGCCUGAACCCUGCCUCUCCAAAAUUUAUUCUGGAGUUGCCUUUGGAGGGGAAGAAUUGAAUGUCACCUUUGUGAAAGGAGCAAGUGUUUGCCAAGAGAGUUGUACGAAGACAAUCCGCUGCCAGUUUUUCACUUACUCCUUACUCCCAGAAGACUGUAAAGGAGAGAAGUGUAAGUGUUCUUUAAGAUUGUCUUUGGACGGUUCUCCAACCAGGAUUACCUAUGGGACACAACGGAGUUCUGGUUACUCUCUGAGAUUGUGUAAAACUGGGGAGAGCUCUGUCUGCACAACAAAAACAAAUGCACGCAUUGUGGGAGGAACGAACUCUUCAUGGGGAGAGUGGCCCUGGCAGGUCAGCCUGCAGGUGAAGGUGACAAGUUCAAGCCACCUAUGCGGAGGGUCCCUCAUUGCACCCCAGUGGGUCCUGACUGCCGCGCACUGCUUUGAUGGAAUUCCCUUCCCAGAUGUUUGGCGCAUUUAUGGAGGCAUUUUAAAUCUGUCGGAGAUUACAAAAGAAACUUCUUUCUCACAAAUAAAAGAACUUAUUAUUCAUGAGAAAUAUAAACUCUCAGAAACUGGUCACGACAUUGCCUUAAUAAAACUACAGGCGCCCUUGAAUUAUACUGAAUUCCAAAAACCAAUAUGCCUACCCUCCAAAGAUGAUGGAAAUAUAAUUUAUACCAACUGCUGGGUAACUGGAUGGGGUUACAAUAAGGAAAAAGGUGAAAUCCAAAAUAUUCUACAAAAGACACGUAUUCCCUUGGUAACAAAUGAAGAAUGCCAGAAAAGAUAUAAAGAUUAUGUAAUAACCAAACAGAUGAUCUGUGCUGGCUACAAAGAAGGGGGUAAAGAUGCCUGUAAGGGAGACUCUGGCGGCCCCUUGGUUUGUAAGCACAAUGGAAUGUGGCGUUUGGUGGGCAUCACUAGUUGGGGCGAAGGCUGUGCCCGCAAAGAACAACCUGGUGUCUAUACGAAAGUUGCUGAAUACGUGGACUGGAUUUUAGAAAAGACACAGAAAGAUGAUAGAAGUGCUUUGAUGGUGUCACCAGCGUGAAGAGGCUGUAUAGCGAAGAAAAACCUAGACCAUAGCGCUAGUUUACAGUCUGGGUUCACGUCAAACAGUGAGCCUUGGACUCCCCAUCCAUUAAAUGUGGAGAAUGGAUCUACCUCCAGUCCUUGCCA